AUGGACGUCAAAGACCUCAUUGCUCGUGUGUACCCUGUUUCCGAUACUCAUGGCUGUGCUAAAGAGGCCAUCACGACUAGUCAGUAUUGUGUACCGCCGCCGCUAUCUGAUGGACAGCCAAAAAAAGCUCAGUGUGGGCGUGAAGACCGCGAGGCGACUGAGCCUCCGGAGGAAGUGGACGCAACUGCAUCCGAAUAUGACGGCAGGCCCUUCAUCGAGAUCAGAUUCAGCAAGAUCCCACGAUCGUCCCAUGGGGUCGUAUUCGGAUGUAAUAGGAAGAGUGAUGUUGUCCUGCCUAAUCUACCAUGUCUAAGCCACUUUCACUUUAGCUUAACUUUUGAUGAGCGAAGACAGUUCAUCGUGAAGGACUUGGGAUCACUUAUCGGAACCGAGGUAACUUACGACACGAAAGGGACGGGUACGCGACGCAAUUUUACCUGGAUUAUUGGCGGCAACGAGAAAGCUCAUCAGCAGGGAAAGAUUAUUAUUAAAAUACACAACACUGUCCAAUUUGAAAUCGUGGCUUUCGAGCAUGACAUUGAUUCCCAGUCAUAUAUCGACAAGGUCGAAAGGUUUUGCCAGGGCAGUGCGACCGCGGAAGGCCUCCUGGACGAUCUAAAUAUCCCUCUUCGGCCAGACACGCAGUUUGCUACAGGAGCGCAUACACCAGGUGAAGGCCCUAUCUAUUUGAGGGAAAUGAUUGGACAAGGGGGGUUUGGCGUUGUCACUUAUUACUGGGAUGUGAGCACCGGACAUGAGAUUGUUGUAAAGAGGCCACGCGACAACAUGGUCAGGAUGUUCCUCAGAAAGGGCGUCAACAGCGCCAAAACUGAGGCUGCACUUGCCGAUGCCCGGGGAAAAUGGAGACGUGAAGCAAAUAACAUGAAAAACCUGAUACAUCCUAAUAUUGUACGGCUGUUGCGUGUCAUCGACGAUCCAUACCCCCAAUUGGUCUUGGAAUAUAUCCCGGGAGGUCCCUUGUCCCAACUAGAGAAUAUAACGAUUUCCGAAAGUAUGCUGGUUCUUACGCAGUGUCUCUCGGCCUUGACGCUUAUGCAUGAGAACCAAUUGGCGCAUCGCGACAUAUCACCAAACAAUAUUCUUGUUAAAUCGCUGGAACCCUUUGUCGUUGUUCUCGCUGACUUUGGACUAUCCAAAGAUGUGGCGGAAUUACGCUCUCAAUGCGGCACUGGUCGGUUUAUUGCACCGGAAAUCUUUGAGGAUAGUAGUGAUAGGCGCUACUCGGCGGCGGUGGACAUCUGGUCCCUUGGUGUGGUGAUGUGUGAGAUGCUAGGAAUUCUGCCAGCUUACCGAAAGCAUAGGGACAACCUCCCGAAAAAUGUUCUUGGCUCAUCUUGGUGCAGCAUAGUGGUUGGUUCUCUCGAAGAGCUUUACCACCGCCGACCUGACAGCCUGAAACGAUUCUUGCUCGGGAGCAUGCUAGUCCUAUCUCCAGAACGACGGUGCUCUGCUCAGGGUUGCUAUGAGAGAGUAAAGGAGCUACCGCGCCGCAUUGUGGGCGAGGAAGCGUGCGAUAGGAUCAAGGACGUUUUGUGGCGCGAGGCUCCAGUUGUCUAUUCUAGCGACAUCGACACAAACGAGCAGAGUACUGUGCCACUCAGGGAUGUCGGCGACGUGAGCGAUGAUGGAAGGUCAACCGAUACCAUGAUUUCCAUAGAUCCAAGCUCCAGGGAUGACGGCGCAAGGAGGAAAUUUGCCGCGGCGCAACCUCUAUCACGUCAGUCAGAAGCGAGGCCAAGCUUAAAGCGGCCAACAACAAAAAAGGCAUCCCAGAAUCCCAAAUUGAAGCGUCGAGGGCGAGCGUCGAUCUCACAAUCUGGCUUUCUUGAUGCCCAUGUCGACCAGGAGGCCGCCGAGGCGGAAGCAUUGUUGCAGAUUUUUCCAAGCUCACCGAGGCGCUCCUAG